CUAGCCGUUAGAUAAACGAAAUUCAAAAGCUUCCAAGCGGCGCUUGUUUACUAUCCAACGUUCAAAAACAAAUAAAUCCGCUUUAAAUUUCCUUUUUCUUUUUUCCCAUUUAAACUGCAAAGACGACGUCGUUUGCCCUUACUCAGACGCCGUUUUAUAACCUCAGAGACUCUCUCAUCAAUCGCUCUCUCUCUCAUCGGAAGGAAGAAGAAGGAUCUUUGUUAUCUUCCUCUUCUCCUUCUUCUACUUUCGAUCAGUCGUGAAUCUGAUUCUACUCUAGUCUAACUGAGUGCUUUCGAUUUCUUAAUAAAAAUUCGAUUUUUCGAUUAAGAAAGCGAAAGUGAUGGCCGCCGUAAAUGGGUAUCAGGGAAAUACUCCGGCAGAUCCUCCGGCGUCUAAUGGAUCAAAACAACCUGCGGCUCCGACCAAGACUGUUGACAGCCAAUCUGUUCUCAAGAGGCUGCAAUCUGAAUUGAUGGGCUUGAUGAUGGGCGGUGGUCCAGGAAUAUCGGCUUUCCCUGAGGAAGACAACAUAUUCUGCUGGAAAGGGACAAUAACAGGAAGCAAAGAUACUGUGUUUGAAGGAACUGAGUACAGACUCUCACUCUCUUUUUCCAAUGAUUAUCCUUUCAAACCUCCAAAGGUUAAGUUUGAGACAUGUUGCUUCCACCCCAAUGUUGAUGUCUAUGGCAAUAUCUGCUUAGACAUUCUUCAGGAUAAGUGGUCAUCUGCUUAUGAUGUCAGGACAAUACUACUAUCGAUUCAGAGCCUCCUGGGAGAACCGAACAUCAGUUCACCAUUGAACACUCAAGCAGCUCAGCUCUGGAGUAACCAAGAAGAGUACAGGAAGAUGGUUGAGAAGCUCUACAAGCCUCCCAGUGCAUGAUUUCUGCAAGCUGUUCUGAUUCAUAAAACUCCAAUGCCUCUGAUGAUUUCCACAUAAGACGAUUUUUCAGAAGAAAACACUGUCAUUCAUUUGCUUUUAUUCUUUGUUUUUGAACAUCAGAAGUUCUCUGUAGCUUUACCUUGAGUUUUGACUUGAGCCAAAUAAUGAGUUUUUCAGAGAUUAAUCAGA